UCCUUCUCAACACUACUACCCCGCCACACCACACUCGCACACAAUGCCCGAAUCCACAGGUGAACCAUUUUACGUUCGCUAUUACUCGGGACACUCUGGCCGCUUCGGACACGAGUUCUUGGAAUUUGACUUUCGUGUCGUGGGCGAUGGACGGUCUGCCAUUGCACGAUAUGCCAACAACUCGAAUUACCGCAAUGAUUCCCUCAUCCGCAAAGAGAUGUGCGUGAGUGCACUGAUGGUCCAGGAAAUCAAGCGAAUCAUCAAGGACAGCGAGAUCAUGAAGGAAGAUGACACCAAGUGGCCACAGAAGAACAAGGAUGGAAGACAGGAACUCGAGAUCCGUAUGGGAGGCGAGCACAUUUCGUUUGAGACGGCAAAGAUUGGCUCUCUGGUGGACGUGAACGAGUCUGAGGACCCCGAAGGCCUGCGUGUCUUCUACUAUCUCGUCCAAGACCUGAAGGCUCUGGUCUUCUCCCUGAUCUCACUACACUUCAAGAUCAAGCCAAUAUAAGCAUUCAAGAAGUGGAGGACGUCUGACCAACGACUUCCGACACGUUCUGCUAUGAUGGCCACGAUGGAGAGAACUGGUGGUGAUUCGAACGACCUACAGACUUGCCACCUCAGUAAUUCUACUCGGGCAGCGGGACCCUCCCAGUGGCGGCAGAUGUAUUGCCUGCCUAAUUGUCGCACUCCCUCCUGGGCGCGAGUGGUCAAAGGCAGAGGCAGGGGAGGGAGGGGGAAGAGGAAAGAGGAAAGAGAGUCCGUGGGCCCGGAAAAUAAGGUUACUUCCGUCUCGGCACCGGCAUCUCCAGACACCCACCCACCUCUUCACCACGACCACCUGAGUCGCACGUCAUGUCCAUGGAUCGCAUCACUCUCUCACUCUCCCACUGCUCACUCUACCACCAGACAAGCAUAAUACAUACCCUAACGAUACCACGACUCCUU